ACGUAAUAUACUUGAUCUCAACAUAAUUUUUAGUUUUAUUAUACAUUUGUAUCAAAAUUCUUGUGAUUUUUCUCUAAUAAAAGUUAAAUAUUUCUAAAAAACAAUUAAUUUUAGUAUCAUUCUGCAAUAUUGUCUGCAGACUUUCCGGCUGGUAUAGAGAAACGUCUUGUGUAUUUGACGUGUAAUUUUAAUUCAUUCUAAUCGAAAAUGGAUGAAGAAUACGAUGCAAUUGUGUUAGGCACCGGGCUUAAAGAAUGUAUUUUAAGUGGAAUGUUAUCAGUGUCAGGAAAAAAAGUCUUACACAUCGAUCGAAACAAAUAUUACGGUGGGGAGUCGGCCUCCAUCACGCCUCUUGAAGAAUUGUUUUCACGUUUUGGUGCCCCAGUUCCCGAUGAAUCUUAUGGCCGUGGACGUGACUGGAAUGUUGAUUUAAUCCCGAAAUUUUUAAUGGCAAAUGGCCUUUUAGUUAAAUUGUUAAUACAUACGGGCGUGACUCGUUAUUUGGAAUUUAAAUCUGUUGAAGGUAGUUAUGUGUACAAAGGUGGUAAAAUUUCAAAGGUGCCUGUUGAUCAAAAAGAAGCAUUGGCAUCAGACUUGAUGGGCAUGUUUGAAAAACGACGUUUUCGAAAUUUCUUAAUAUAUGUGCAAGAUUUAAAAGAAGAUGAUCCAAAAACAUGGAAAGAUUUUGAUCCAACAACAUCGAAUAUGGUUGCUCUCUAUGAUAAAUUUGGUUUAGAUAAGAAUACACAAGAUUUUACUGGACAUGCUUUGGCAUUAUAUCGUGAUGAUGAUUAUUUGGUACAGCCAGCAAUUCAAACAAUUCAACGAAUUAAAUUGUAUUCAGAUUCAUUGGCACGUUAUGGUAAAUCACCGUAUCUUUAUCCAAUGUAUGGUCUUGGAGAAUUACCUCAAGGUUUUGCACGUUUGUCUGCUAUAUAUGGUGGAACAUAUAUGUUAGAUAAACCAAUCGAUGAAAUUGUUAUCGGGGAAGGUGGUCGUGUAACAGGUGUUCGUUCUGGAAAUGAAAUAGCCAAGUGUAAACAAGUAUAUUGUGAUCCUAGUUAUGUUCCCGAAAAAAUUCGUAAAAAGGGACAAGUAAUCCGUUGUAUUUGUCUGAUGGAUCAUCCAGUACCAAAUACAAAGGAUGCAUUAUCUACACAAAUUAUCAUUCCUCAAAAACAGGUGAAUCGUCGUUCUGACAUUUAUGUAUCAUUAAUCAGUUACACUCAUCAAGUAGCUGCCAAAGGAUGGUUUAUUGCUAUGGUAUCAACUACCGUUGAAACUGAUAAUCCUGAAAAUGAAAUCAAACCGGGUUUAGAAUUACUUGGGCCAAUACGUCAGAAAUUCGUAUCUGUAUCAGAUUACUUUGAACCAACUGACAAUGGUGAAGAAACACAAAUAUUUAUAUCUGAAUCAUAUGAUGCAACAACACACUUUGAAACCACUUGCCUUGAUGUGCUUGAUAUCUUCAAGAGAGGAACCGGCGAAGAAUUUGAUUUCUCAAAAAUUAAACUUGAAUUAGGUGACGAAGAACAGUAGACUUAUUUUAAUUUAUAAAUAAUAAUUAUGAUAUAAUUGAUUGAUGUACCUAUUUAAUUUUGUGCAUAAAAAAAAAACACAAUACUUGAAUGUACUUUUUACGCGAAUUUUCCUAUUAAAAAAAAAGAGGUUUACAAUCCCUUCUUUUUUUUUCUCAAAAAAAAAAAAAAUCCCCUUGAAUAUCUCAAAACUAUAAUGUAUGAGCAUAAUAUAAAAAAUUUUAAAAUAGCUUUUCCUUUUUAAUAAAAGCCGAUUAUAUUCAUUAAAAAAAAAACAUUCAUGCAAUCGUAGAGCUCAGAAUUUUGAUUUUUUUUUUGUUUUUAAAAUGCAGGGUUUCCCAUUAAGAGUGACCUAACUUUGAGGUAUCAUGAAACUUUUAUUUUAAUUUGAAAAAUAAUUUCACUCUAUUUUGUGUGAUAAAUGAUAUCGGUCAGAUGGCAACGGUAGCUUUGUUGUCCAGUGCGAAAUUGGGAAAAGCGUCAUGCAACAUGUCAUGCCCUCUUGAGCAACGUAUACAAAUUAUGGAACUUUUUUAUCAGUUCGUGCUACUUAUCAUGUAUUACGUGAUGUUCAUUGACUUGUAUCGAUCCUCCGAGUUUUGACUGUCUAUUGUUUAAAUUGACUGGUUCGGUAAGUAAUCAGACAAAACAAGGAUAUCAUCGAAAAUUUUGGUUCUGAUCCAGGGCUCUUCAAAGUAAGGUCACUUUUAAUGAAAAACCUUUGAUAAUAAUUAAGUGAUGAUACGAUGAUCUUUUUGUACGAAUUAAUUAAUUGUUAUAUAACAGUGCUUUCAUUAGGAAAAAACUUUAUUGAUUUAAUUAUUUUAUGCGCUGAAAAUUUUUUUUAAUUAAAUGAAUGUUUGGUGUAGGUUUCUCUGCCAAAACAAUGCUUCAUUAUAUAAAAAAAACCAUGCUAAAUAAUAUUAAAUGUGUA